AGUAACUUCAAAUCUUGAUUCUGUCAGUACACGAAGAAGAUAAAUGAAGAUGGUGGAGGAAAGUGAGAAUAAGUUUGAUCCACAACAAGUGAUCGAUGAAUUUGAGCUAUUAAGCAAAGAUGCUGGGAGAAUUCAAGAAGAGACCUUACAAAAGAUUCUUGAAGAAAAUGGAAGGACAGAAUAUUUGCAACAAUGGGGUCUUAAUGGGAAAACAGAUCAAGUUUCUUUCAAGAAUUGUGUUCCUCUUGUUACACAUAAGGAUUUGGAGCCUUACAUUCAUAGAAUUGUUGAUGGUGAUCUUACUCCUAUUCUUACUCGAAAGUCUAUUACCACUAUCUCGUUGAGUUCUGGUACAACUCAAGGAAAACCAAAAUUUGUACCUUUCAAUGAAGGAUUGAUGGAAUCCACCAUGCAAAUAUUCAAGACUUCUUUUGCCUUUAGGAACAGAGAAUUCCCAGUCGUAAAUGGGAAAGCAUUACAGUUCAUUUAUGGAAGCAAACAGUUCAAGACGAAGGGAGGUUUAGCAGCUGGAACAGCCACAACAAAUGUAUACCGAAAUUCGCAAUUCAAGAAGACAAUGAAAGCAAUGCAGACCCCGUGUUGUAGCCCCGAUGAAGUGAUAUUCGGCCCUGAUUUCAAUCAAUCCUUGUACUGUCAUCUAUUGUGUGGUCUCAUUCUACGUAACGAAGUUCAAGUUGUCUCAUCUACAUUUGCUCAUAGUAUUGUCCAUGCUUUUAGAAAAUUCGAACAAGUAUGGCAAGAACUUGUUGCAAAUAUAAGGGACGGAGUUCUUUCUAGUCGCGUAACUGUUCCUUCUAUAAGAUCAGCAAUGUCAAAAUUACUCAAGCCUGAUCCAGAACUGGCUGAUACUAUUUAUAACAAGUGCAUUCGGUUAAGUAAUUGGUACGGGUUGAUACCUGAAUUAUUCCCCAACACCAGGUACAUAUAUGGUAUCAUGACCGGAUCAAUGGAACCGUACUUGAAGAAAUUGAGGCAUUAUGCAGGGCAGCUACCUCUGCUUAGUGCAGAUUACGGGUCUUCUGAAGGAUGGAUCGGAGCAAAUGUUAAUCCUGAAUUGCCUCCCGAGCUAGUUACUUAUGCUGUUCUUCCUAAUAUUGGUUAUUUCGAAUUCAUUCCUCUCGUGGAAAAUGUAGAUGGCGUGGAGGCUACACCAGUUGGUUUAACUGAAGUUAAACUCGGUGAAGAGUAUGAAAUUGUUGUCACCAAUUUCGCUGGUUUAUAUCGAUACAGGCUCGGUGAUGUGGUAAAGAUAAAAGGAUUCCACAAUGGAACUCCAGAGCUCCAGUUUAUUUGCCGUAGGAAUCUCUUACUGAGCAUCAACAUCGACAAAAACACAGAGAAAGAUUUACAACUAGCCGUGGAGGCAGCAGCACAGCUCUUAUUAAACGAGAAGUUAGAAGUAGUCGAUUUCUCUAGCAACGUAAACACCUCAGCCGAUCCAGGGCACUACGUAAUCUUCUGGGAACUGAAUGGUGAAGCAAGUAAGGAAAUUUUGAAAGAAUGUUGUAAUUGUUUAGACAAAUCUUUCGUCGAUGCAGGCUAUGUUAGCUCUCGGAAGGUCAAAACCAUCGGUCCCCUUGAGCUACGGAUUGUGAAGAGAGGGACGUUUCAUAAGAUUUUAGAUCAUUUUGUAGGGUUAGGAGCAGCAGUUAGCCAGUUCAAAACACCGAGAUGUGUCGGUACGACGAAUCUCUCUGUGCUGCAAAUAUUGACUAGUAAUGUUGUUGAGAGCUAUUUUAGUACUGCAUUUAGUUGAAUUAUAAGUAUGUUUGUUCCCAGAAUUGUAAGCUGGUUACUUUUCAUAUCUUAAUAAAACACUUUGAAUUUGUACAAA